AUGUAUAGUGUUCUAUACUUAACAUUAGUGGCUUCAGCGAUGGCUCUCCCCAAUCCUGAGAUUCGUGAUACAAACAAAAUGGAUACAAUUGAAUCGGCAGCUAGAGCGAUGGGCAAAGAUUGCUCCAGUGGGAUAUUUAGUCCGACCUGUUUGAAAAUCGAAGCGAUUUCCAUGCUAGAGAAACUAGGUUCUAAGGAUGAAUUGCGAUUACUUCCUGGAGUUAGUUUAGUUAAAGAAGCCAAAGAGAAUGACAGUAAAUCCGAGGAGUUUGCUGCUGAAUUGGCUAGAUCGCUGCCAUCGAAGCCUGAUGAGAGAUUAGACAAGUACUUGCUAUACAAACUUGGAAAUUACUUGGAGACGCACACUGUGAAACUCAGGUUGUUGGAUGAGGGUGCCACGGAAGAAGCUAGGGCGUUGGUUGGAGAUGCAAGAGGCAAGGGUGGUGGUCUUGGAGGGGGAAAGAAGGGUGGAAUGGGCGGAUUAUUAGCUAUUGGAAUGUUAUUCAAAGGAACUCUGAUGACGCUCGGUCUGGGAGCACUUGCGUUGCUCGCUGGCAAGGCUCUGAUGACGGCAAUGAUGUCACUACUUCUGUCUGCCAUCAUCGGUAUCAAGUCCCUCUCCAGUGGUCAUAAAUCAACGACCUACGAGAUCGUAUCCAAACCUAUAUACAGUCACUCACAUUCACACUCCACAGCUCAUGAAGAUGUCGGUGGUUAUGGACACUCAGGUUAUGGAAGAAGCUUGAACCCAAGUAGACGUUAAAAUUAAGAUAUUCUAGUUAAUUUAUUACGUAAUUUACGACCUAUUUUACGAAAACGAAUCACCUACUAGCAAUUAUUACAUAAAAUAAUUGUCCUCUUCAUUUUCUGUGCUUUUUUUAUAUCAUUUACGAUCAUCUCGCGAUAUUUCGUUUAUAUUGUAGGAUGGUAUGGCUUUCUUUCAAUUUAAACUUUUAGACAUCAUUUUGUAAUGAUAUUUACUUAUUUUCUGAACUCAUCAUAAUUCACUUACUCCAUUUCUUAUACUUAUACAUAUGUAUCUUUAUCUUGCGUCUCUGCUCCUCUGAUUUAAAAAUAAAAAGUAGAGUGAAAUACAAAAUUACUGUUGACUUAUGUACUUAUUAAUUAAUUUUAGAGAACAAACAAUGCUUCUUUCAUUAUAACUUAUGUUUUUAUACGUUAUUGUACUUUCUUGUGUGUAGCAUCAUAUUACUAAUGUAAUAAAAACUGCUGUAGGUGAACAAAAUGAAACAAGUAUAAGACAACAGUUCAUAGAUAAUUAUUGCAUAGGAUAUAAAAUGCAGUAGAGGUCUACGGUACUUACAUUACCAUCAAGAUUUAAGUGAUUAUUUAUUGAAACUAUUUAUUUUAGUUUUAAG